AUGACAAUGGCUGCUGAGAAUUCCUCCUUGGUGACACAGUUUAUCCUCGCAGGCUUAACUGACCAACCGGGAGUCCAGAUCCCCCUCUUCUUCCUGUUUCUAGGCUUCUACGUGGUCACUGUGGUGGGGAACCUGGGCUUGAUAACCCUGAUAAGUCUCAACUCUCACUUGCACACCCCUAUGUACUUCUUCCUCUAUAACUUGUCCUUCAUAGAUUUCUGCUAUUCCAGUGUUAUCACUCCCAAAAUGCUGAUGAGCUUUGUCUUAAAGAAGAACAGCAUCUCCUACGCAGGGUGUAUGACUCAGCUCUUCUUCUUUCUUUUCUUUGUUGUCUCUGAGUCCUUCAUCCUGUCAGCAAUGGCGUAUGACCGCUAUGUGGCCAUCUGUAACCCACUGUUGUACAUGGUCACCAUGUCUCCCCAGGUGUGUUUUCUCCUUUUGUUGGGUGUCUAUGGGAUGGGGUUGGCUGGGGCCAUGGCCCACACAGCGUGCAUGAUGGGUGUGACCUUCUGUGCCAAUAACCUUGUCAACCACUACAUGUGUGACAUCCUUCCCCUUCUCGAGUGUGCUUGCACCAGCACCUAUGUGAAUGAGCUUGUAGUGUUUGUUGUUGUGGGCAUUGAUAUUGGUGUGCCCACAGUCACCAUCUUCAUUUCCUAUGCUCUCAUUCUGUCCAGCAUCUUCCACAUUGAUUCCACGGAGGGCAGGUCCAAAGCCUUCAGCACCUGCAGCUCCCACAUAAUUGCAGUUUCUCUGUUCUUUGGGUCAGGAGCAUUCAUGUAUCUCAAACCCUUUUCUCUUUUAGCUAUGAACCAGGGCAAGGUGUCUUUCCUAUUCUAUACCACUGUGGUGCCCAUGCUCAACCCAUUAAUUUAUAGCCUGAGGAAUAAGGACGUCAAAGUUGCUCUAAAGAAAAUCUUGAACAAAAAUGCAUUCUCCUGA